AAAAAAUAAAAUAAAAUAAGGUAAUUGCAUAGAAUAAAAACGUAAGCAAGAGAUCUAAUUUUUUCACUUUAAAAAUUUUAUUCGAUAAUCUACUCACCUUCCACUCCGGUAACCCUAAACAAGUACAGUAAAGAUUCCCCUACUCUUCCAUUUUCUCUCUCCUCUUAAUUCUUCAAUAUUUCUGGUUAUCAUCAACAAAUUCUUCUGAUAAACCCUAAUUUUCUCUCUCCUCCCAUUUUUCCGGCGAAAACAUGGCGGAUCUCCACAAAAAUGGCGGCGCCGUCACCGAGAACCGCCAUAUUCUUCCGAUUCCGGGAAAGCGCAACGUCUUGAUUACCAGUGCUUUACCUUACGUUAACAACGUUCCUCACCUUGGCAAUAUCAUCGGAUGUGUUUUGAGUGCGGAUGUUUUCGCUAGGUAUUGCCGGCUUCGAGGUUACAACACCAUUUACAUUUGUGGAACUGAUGAGUAUGGUACUGCUACUGAGACUAAAGCUAUGGAGGAGAAAUGCACUCCUAAAGAAAUUUGUGACAAAUACCAUGCAAUUCAUAAGGAAGUGUAUGAAUGGUUCAACAUAAGUUUUGAUAAAUUUGGACGCACAUCAAGUCCCGAACAGACUGAAGCUUGCCAAGCUAUUUUUAAGAAGCUGAUGGACAACAAUUGGCUCACUGAGAAUACAAUGCAGCAGCCCUAUUGUGAUACAUGCGAAAAGUUCUUAGCUGAUCGACUUGUCGAGGGAACUUGCCCAAAGCCUAAUUGCAAUUAUGAUUCUGCUAGAGGGGAUCAAUGUGAAAAAUGUGGAAAUCUUUUGAAUCCUACAGAAUUGAAAGAUCCUAAAUGCAAAACAUGCCAAUCUACUCCUCGCAUCCGUGACACUAAUCACUUGUUUCUUGAACUUCCACUGCUUCAAGACAAGCUGGAAGAGUACAUAAAUAAAAUGUCAGAAGCUGGAUCUUGGAGCCAGAAUGCUAUUCAAGUAACAAAUGGAUGGUUGAAAGAAGGACUCAGGUCGCGAUGUAUUACUAGAGAUUUGAAAUGGGGUGUCCCUGUCCCACAUGAGAAAUUUAAAGACAAGGUAUUCUAUGUUUGGUACGAUGCACCUAUAGGGUAUAUAUCAAUCACAGCAUGCUACACGCCAGAGUGGGAGAAGUGGUGGAAAAACCCCGAAGAUGUUGAGCUAUAUCAGUUUAUGGGCAAGGAUAAUGUGCCAUUCCACACUGUGAUGUUUCCAUCUACACUUCUUGGCACCGGUGAAAACUGGACUUUGAUGAAGAGUAUUAGUGUCACUGAGUAUCUGAACUAUGAAGCAGGAAAAUUCUCCAAAAGCAAAGGCAUUGGAGUAUUCGGAAAUGAUGCGAAGGACACAAGUAUUCCUGUUGAAGUCUGGAGAUACUAUUUGCUUACUAACCGACCUGAGGUAUCCGACACGCUGUUUACUUGGGCAGAUCUACAAGCAAAAUUAAACAGUGAGCUGCUGAGCAAUCUGGGGAAUUUUGUUAAUCGGGUCUUGAGCUUUAUUGCUAAGCCGUCAGGUCAGGGAUAUGGUUCUGUCAUUCCUGAUGCUCCACAGGCAGAAGCUCAUUCUUUAACUAUGGCGUUAGCAGAAAAAGUAGGAAAGCAUGUGGAGCAGUAUGUAGAAGCCAUGGAGAAGGUUAAGCUAAAGCAGGGACUUAAAACUGCAAUGGCUGUUUCAAGUGAAGGAAAUGCAUAUUUACAGGAAAGUCAAUUUUGGAAGCUUUAUAAAGAAGAUCAGCCUGCAUGUGCCGUGGUCAUGAGAACUGCAGCAGGACUGGUGUAUCUCUUGGCCUGUUUGUUAGAGCCUUUUAUGCCAUCUUUCUCUGUCGAGGUACUGAAGCAGCUUAAUAUGCCCCAACUUCAAGUAACUCUUUCAGAUGAAAAUGGGGAUCUUGAGAAAAUCAGGAAACUCUGGGAUAUUCUACCUGAUGGUCACUGUAUAGGGAAACCAGAACCAUUGUUCAAGGAACUGAAAGAUGAGGAAGUGGAAUUUUAUCGCGAUAAGUUUGCUGGAAGUCAAGCAGACAGGGCUCUGAAAGCUGCUGCAGAAAAGACUGCUGAGCAGUUGAAAAAAACAAAAAUAUCAGAUAAAAGUGAGAAGAAAAAGGCAGCAAAGCCUGCUGCUGGAUCCAAAACUAAGUCUUCACCUGAAGCAGAAAUUACGAUCUCUAGACUUGAUAUUCGUGUUGGCCUUAUAACAAAAGUUCAGAAGCAUCCUGAUGCGGAUUCUCUUUACGUGGAAGAGAUUGAUGUUGGUGAAGCAACACCAAGAACUGUUGUCAGUGGUCUUGUCAAGUAUAUACCUAUUGAGGAAAUGCAGAACCGGAAGGUCUGUGUUCUUUGCAACUUGAAGCCAGCUUCCAUGAGGGGGAUAAAGUCUCACGCUAUGGUCCUUGCGGCUUCCAACAGCGAGCACACCAAGGUUGAAUUAGUUGAGCCACCUAAAGAAGCAUCUGUUGGAGAGAGAGUCAAGUUUUCAGGUUUUGAUGGUGAGCCAGAUGAAGUUUUGAACCCAAAGAAGAAAGUGUGGGAGACACUGCAAGUAGACCUAAACACAGACUCUAAUUUGGUGGCCCGGUUCAAAGAUUUGCCAUUCACUACAUCUGCUGGUAUCUGCAAGGUUUCAUCAAUUUCGAAUGGAACCAUAAAGUAGAAACGCUCAAUAUUAUGGGCUAUUGAUAGAAAAUUUUUCCCAUUUUUUUUAACAAAAAUUCCCCAUAAGGGAGUUUCCAUCCCUUUACUAUCUUAUUGAUUUGCUCCUUUGAUGGGAGCUGAAAAGUUUUGUUCUUGAUGUUAUGUAUUUGCCUUAGCAUUCAAGCUCCAAAUGUAUUGUCAAUUUGAAAGGGCAAGUAUUGACAGGCUAGUUUUGUUACAUGGUCGUGCAGGGAGUUUGUGGAAAUAUAUGGAUGAUUUUACUGAUUUUGCAGUUAUAAUUUAUAAUCUAACAUCAAGAUCAGUCCCCAACAAA